CCUGUGCGAGGCCUGAGGCCCCUCCGAAGAUGCGAACCAACACUCUUCUUCAUCUCUCGAGCCUCGCCCCUGCUCCGGCGAGAUCUCAUGCCACUCGUGCUACCCGAUUCUCCCUCCCCGCUGCAGAGAAGCAAGCACCCCGCGAAGCAGAUGAGCGGAACGAAUGCUGCCUCGCACCGGCCGAGCAAGUCGUCGCUACCACCCCACCCUCCGAGACGGUUAGCUCUGAGUCUGACCACCCCCCUCGCGUCGUUGGCUCUGCUCUUGCUCGCCGCCGCCGCCGUAUUCCUCUACUCCCAGACCGCCGUCCGGUCGUACGAGUCGAUUGGAGCGGCUCCGCCCCUGUUCUCCCCGAUGGUGGAGUCCAUAGACGGCUUACGCGCCAUCUGGGAGCUCCCCGCGGCGGCGCCGGCCAGGGCGGUCCUCUUCGUCGCCCACGGCUGCCGCUGCCGCCCGGAGAACUUCUGGCCGCCGUCCCCGCGCUGCCCGGGGUGCGUAGGACUGCCGGAGGACGUCGCCAUCACGGCCCGCGCGCUGCGGAGGCGGUUCGCGGUGCUGGCCGUGGCGAGCGCUGGGGAGUGCUGGUCGCUGGGGUGGGAGGUCAACGCCGCCAAGCGCACGAUCCGGUCCUGGGCCGCCAAGAACGGCCUCGAAGGACAUCCGGUGGUUGCUCUCGGCGCUUCCUCAGGCGGGUACUUCGUCUCCAAACUCGCGGCCAAGAUGAGCCUUGCCGCCGUCGUGAUUAUGAUCGCCGAGGGCGCGUUCGGCGGGUCAGCUGGCGCGCCGCCGAUGAUCUAUCCGCCAGCGAUGUUCAUCCACAUGCCGAAGGACCGGCGGAGGGCGGCGCUGGUGGAGAGGAACUCGAAGAUGCUGAUGAAGAAUGGCGUUGAGGUGAGAGAGCUCCGGAGCCUUGAGGUCCCUUUGACGCCGACGCUGCUGUCGGACAGGAUAUCUGGGCUGGACCGCAGACUGUCAGAAAGGAUCUGGACGGCGUUCAAGGAGGAAGGAUUCGUUGAUGAGAAAGGGUACAUGAAGGAGGAUGGCCGGGCAACGCCAUGGAAGGAUGCAUUGGUGAAGAGUGGAUUAGGGGAGGAGGUAUCUCCGUGGGUUGACCACAUCCAGGAGGAGCUGAACCUUGCUUAUGGGUACCAUGAAAUGACGAGCUUGCACGCUGACGAGAUGUUCAAUUGGAUUGAGGGGCACUUGAGCUGAGGAGGUCAUGGUUGAUUGCUAGUUCAGCAUUGUCCGGCUUAGUAUGAAAAUUAAACUGGUUGGAGGAUUGGAGACAAGCUCCGCUGCAGCUCAUGGAGUUCUUGUGUCAUGAAUCAGUGAACACAGAAGAGGCGCAUAAGCCAUUCGUUCUAAUGACCUGACUUGAUGAUGUGAAAUGUGUGGAUUGCGUUCAGUUAGCUCGUGCUAUGGAGGGGAAGACGUUGGUCAAAUACCGUGCGAAGCAAUUUUUGCAUUCUGUUGGUGAGAGGUUCUGAUUCCCCAUUUUCAAAUUUGCGGGGAUUCAGUCAUGCCUAGCUGAAACAGUUGACUAUAUUUAAGCCCCUGGUUCUGUACUGAUAUCAAUAUUAUGUUCAUGUUCAUGUAGCAAAAAAAUGUAUGCAUUCUCCACAGGUUCCCAACAUGUUUACUUUAAUCC